AUGGCAGAUGAAAUAAACAAUCAGUCCAGUCAAGGUACUCGACGACCCGUUAUAAAAGCAAUUGAUCUUUCACAACCCAGCAACUCUGCUCCUUUUGCUUUUCGUCCAUUAUCUUCAUUAUCAGAUAAAGUAGGGACUGCUACAUCCCCUAAUCGUCCAAAAAUGAGUUUACCAACUCUUUCAAAAACCAAAGAGCCUCCACUAGUGAUUCGUUCUCAUUCAUCCAGUAGAUCCAAGUCAAGGGAAAACAAGUUGAAAACAUGUCCGACAAUGACAUCGGUCGGUAAACUGCAGAUAGACGGCUUAAGCUACGAUUUCACAUCCGAAGAUAUGCAGGAUCUUGGUGAGAUCGGUAGAGGGGGUUUCGGGACCGUCAACAAAAUGAUUCACAGAUCAACGGGAACUGUGGUAGCAGUGAAACGUAUCAGGUCCACCGUGGAUGAAAAAGAGCAGAAAAUCCUGCUGAUGGAUUUGGACGUUAUCAUGAAGAGUAACGAAAACCAGUACAUAGUGCAAUUUUAUGGCGCUCUGUUUAAGGAGGGCGACUGUUGGAUAUGCAUGGAGCUAAUGGAUACUUGUCUAGAUAAAUUCUAUAAAUUCGUCUACGAAAGGCUAAAAACUAGAAUCCCGGAGCCCAUUCUCGGUAAAAUAGCCUUAGCGACAGUGAAUGCCUUAAACUAUUUGAAAGAGGAAUUGAAAAUAAUACACAGAGACGUGAAACCAAGCAAUAUACUCCUAGACAAAGGGGGCAACAUUAAACUCUGCGAUUUCGGCAUAUCCGGACAACUCGUAGAUUCCAUUGCCAGGACAAAAGAUGCUGGAUGUCGACCUUACAUGGCGCCGGAGAGGAUAGACCCUCAGACGGCGAAAGGCUACGACGUGCGCAGCGAUGUCUGGUCGUUGGGCAUCACUUUGAUGGAAGUGGCCACCGGCCAUUUCCCCUACAAGAAGUGGUCAAGCGUGUUCGACCAACUGCACGAGGUGGUCAACGGCGAUGCGCCCAGGUUGACCACCAACCACAACGCCAACGUGUUCACGGCGGAGUUCGUUGAUUUCGUCAACACUUGCUUGAUAAAGCAGGAGAAUCAGAGACCGAAGUACAAACAGCUGCUUCAGGAUCCGUUCAUUCUGAGGGCACAAAAAGAAGUUGUCGACGUUGCUGCUUAUGUUACCGAAAUGAUGGAUGAAAUGGCCAACAACGGUAUAAGCGCUUUCACAACAAAUUUACAGUGA